AUGCGCGUGACGUUAUUCACAUGGCAUUGCGCGUGUGACAUCGUGCGCGUGGCAUUGCGCGCUUGUGCGCGCAACAUGAAGCGUGCAGUGUGGCUAGUGGAGGCAGAGGAACCGCCGUCCGACGCCCCUGAGAAGCAGCAGCUGGGUGCACGUGCACAACCCGCCCAUGCCCCCAUGGUACGACGAACCAUGACAAUGGACGAGGCAGUGCGCCUAGCAGAAGCAGAGGAGGCUGUCAUUCGCAAGAUGCUGCAGCCACUCAAGACCCUUGCACACAGCCGCCAGGUGCGAGCAGUGAUGCAUCUGGAGUGCAGCAGCGACCAUGAGAAGGCCCUGUGUGUGGCCAGUCAAUACACUCCUCCUGCUCCCCUUGCUCCCCCCCCACGCCCCCCUGCCUCCAGGAAGUUCCUGUGGUCGAACUCCCUCAGCAGCGCGCCGACAGCCUACUACGAGACGAAUCUCCCCGACGGCUGUGUGCUGGUGGUGGCGCAGGGGUCGCGGCGGGUGGCAGAGAUCCCCGUGCAUCCCAAAGGGCCCCUCCGCAGCCGCACCCUCAGCCGCUCCAAACGCUCCCAGGCUGGCUUUGAUCCGCCGCUCACGCCCACAGGCACUGCACCUGGUGCUGGUGCUGGUGCUGCUGCUGGUGGUGGUGUGGGGGUUUCCUCGCUCGGCAUCGUCGAAUGCUGCUUUGGAGGCGGAAGCAGGGGUGGAGAGCGGUGGUCUGAUGCUGGUAGCAGCGCUCGUGCUGGUGCUGGUGCUGGUGCUGGUGCUGGUGCUGGUGCUGGUACUGGCACUGUUGCUGGCGUGGGUGCUGUGAUUGGUGGUGGUGUUGGGAGCAGUAGUGGUGCAGGAGCAGCGACAGGCACCGGCACAGGAGCAGGGGGGAGCAGGCAGGAGGCCAGGCGGGGGGCUUGGCGCAGCCGGUUUCGCAGUGCGAGUGUGAGCGAGGUGCCUCUCUCGCCCUCCCAGCUGCUCUCCCCCUCUGGCCUGCUCUCCCCCGAGCGCCCCUUCUCUGCUAUCUCCGCCUGGGAUGCCCUUCCUGUGCGCAUCGGGGGCAGUGCUGUGGAGACAGGGGGGAGGGUGAUGGAGGGCGAGGUGCUAAAGUCGCCGCGCAUGGGGGGCAGUGCUGUGGAGACAGGGGGGAGGGUGAUGGUUGAGUCGAUGCACAAGUCGGCUCGGCUAGGGCUGGGCAGAGCAGCAGCUAGAAUGCUCUUUCCCAAGUCUUCCAGUGGCGGCAGCCGCACGGGGCGAGAGGACACCACUCCCCAAAGCCCCCUGGCGUCCCCUCCCCCGUCGGAUCCUGAGGGUGAUGAGUAUCAACGGACACGAUCGCUCGGCACGUAUGAUUUUGUAAGGUAUAAGCAGAGCAGGAGCGCGAGCAGGGAGGAGCAGCAGGGACUAUGGGGAAAGCAGUGGCAGUGGAGGCAGUCCCUCUCAGAAAUCUGCGAGCCUCCUUUCUCAUUCGUCUUCCGAUCUCCCCUGCAACAAUCUGUGCCAUCAGUUCAGCAAUCUGUUUCAGAGAGGCCUAAAAAGUCGUCCCAUCAGCAGCCUCUGCUGCUGGAUGGAUCAGCGAAAGCGGCAGUCGCAAGCCAAUCUGCCAGGCACCCCGUCCCUCCUCGCUCUCCCUCUCGCCGCACCCCUCCUCCGCUCGUCCCCUCUACUGCUUCUGCUGCUGCUAACACGACAGGCGCCAGCAGGAGAGGUUCGCUUGUCCGCAAAGCGGUGAAGGCAGCAGGAGCCGCAGGAGCAGCAAAAGCAAGAGACGCAGCGGGAGCAGCAAGAGCAACACGAGCAGCAGGAGCAGAGAAAGGCAGAGGUGGGGAGACGGAGCACACAGCAUGGGCAAACGGCGCAGCAGCAGAGGAGUUUGAUUUCGGUGUGCCAGCAGAGACGGCAGGUGAGGUUGAAAGGCGCGAGUCUGUGGACCUGGCUAUGGGUGGCAAGCCAAUGCCCAGGGGUGGUGGCAGUGGCGGUGAUAGCGGUGGUGGUGGUGGUGGUGGUGGUGGUUCAAGGCUCAAUCAGGGCAGCAACAAUGGCACCAUGCUGAGCUCAGGUACAGAUGAUGCAGCACGGGCAGCAGCAGCAGCAGCAGCAGCAGCAGCAGCAGCAGCAGCAGCAGCAGCAGCAGCAGCAGCAGCAGCAGGAGGAGCAGGAGAAGCAGGAGGAGAAGAAGCCCAAACUGCCACGUCAGCUGCCUCGUCAGCGGCCACGUCAGCAGAGGCUGAGGCGUUUUGGAGGGAGGUGGGGGUGCUGGCGAGUGUGCGGCACGCGCACGUGGUGGGCAUGGUGGGGUGCUGCCCUGAGGACUUCUCCCUUGUGUAUGAACUCAUGGUGGGAGGGUCUCUCUGGGACCGCCUACACCCACAGCUGCAGCAGCAGCCGCAGCAGAAAAGGCAACAGAAACAGCAGCAGCAAGAGCAUGAACAAGGGGCAGCCACCACCCCGCCUCCCUCCCCUCUCCCCGCUCCCCUCCCAUGGCACCAUCGCCUGUGCAUCGCCUCUGAAAUCGCCUCUGCGCUCCUCUUCCUACACUCCCACAGCCCCUUAUCCUCCACUCCGACCUCAAACCCCAAAACAUCCUUCUCGACAGCCAUGGCGCCAGCAAACUUGCUGAUACAGGCCUGGCGGGGCUCAGUUUUCUUCGGCUUGCUUCCGCAGAAUCACCUCGAGGUCACGUUCAAGGUGCAGGGGACGUUUGGGUUUUUCGAUCCGGAUGUUGUGGUUACCACCGGGGAGGUUACGGCAGCGAGUGAUGUGUAUGCUCUGGGCGUGGUGCUGCUGCUGCUGCUCACCGGGAUCGAAGAUGUGAAAGAGCGCCUUGACAAGCGGGCGGGCAGCUGGCCGAGAGAUUUGGCUGCCCGGGCUCUGCGAGUGGCGCUGCAGUGUGUGGAACGGCGCGGCGUGGAUCGGCCAGACCUGCAGACAGUGGUGCACCCGACCCUGGCUGCCAUUGCUAAAGAGGUGCGGGAGGUGCAGGCGCGGGAGGUGCAGGCUCGGGAGGAGGUGAAAAAGGGGGGAGGGACUGCGGGAUCAGGAAGAAGAGGUGAAGCAGAGGCGGGAGGUGCAGGCAGGGCAGGAGUUUGCAGCUAG